CUCCUGUAGCGGUGAGGAGCCAGAGAGGAAGUCGAGGGGACACGAAGGGGCCUCCUCGCUGACGUAGCCUCGACUGCCCCGCCCCCUUUCUCUCGCCGACGUUCCAGUCUUCCAGUGGGGGGGUUUAUUCUGAACGCUUCCUUACGCAGCAGGAGAUUUUACUCCACUAUGGGCAUCCAUGGAAUGAUGAGCUAUGUAGCCGAACACAAGCAAUUCUUUGUUGACCUGCAGUUGAGGGACAGAAAAAUAAUAAUUGAUGGGAAUAACCUAUACCAUCGACUUUACUUUGAUUCAAAUCUGGACAUUCGGCAUGGUGGGGAUUAUGAUUCUUUUACGGAUAUCGUCCACAAGUUUUUUGAAACACUGAUUCUUUGUGACGUGAAAGCAUACGUUGUGCUAGAUGGAGGGGGUGAUGUAUCUGAUAAGAAGUUUACAACCUUGAAGGAAAGAGCUCGGGAGAAGAUCAAGUCAGCCUGUUCUCUCUCUCAUGGUGGUGGAGGAAGUGUAUUACCUUUGCUCAUUAGAGAAGUAUUUAUACAGAUCUUAACCAAAUUACGAAUACCUUUUGUCCAGUCCAUUUCAGAAGCAGACAGGGACAUUGUGUCAUUAGCCAAUCACUGGAGUUGUCCUGUCUUGACUUUUGAUAGUGAUUUUUGUAUUUUUGACCUAAAAGCAGGCUAUUGUCCUCUGAAUUACUUUCAGUGGCAAAAUAUUUGUGUGUGUAAAGGGUCUCAAGACUGCUACAUCCCAGCAAGGUGCUUUUCCUUAGAGAAAUUUUGUACCCACUUCAGCAAUAUGAACAAAACUCUCCUACCGCUUUUUGCAGUGAUGAGUGGCAAUGAUUAUAUUAGCCUACCUGCUAUGGAAAUGUUCUUCAGCAAGGUACGCCUUCCUGUUGGAGGCUACACACAAAAGUUCAAAAAGCAUAUCCGUAUUCACGGGCUUCUGAAUUGGCUGUCUCGUUUUGCUGAUCCUGCUGAGGCGAUGGAAAAUGUGCUGAAAUAUCUUAAGCAGCAUGAGAAAGAGGAAACAAGACAGUUUCUGUGUGCUUCUAUGAAGGAAUAUGAACCAUCUGAUGUCAAUCUGCAAGACUUUUUUGAGAAUGGCAUUUAUGAAUCAGAGGCAGCCAAGGAACUAGAAUUACCUCAGUGGAUUCUUCGUGCUUUUGCUAAAGGUCUUCUUGCACCGUUCAUUAGUGAUGCCCUAGUAUUAAGAAGAACAAUACUUCAUGCUCAGGUAGAGAAUAUGCAGAGGCCCAGCAGUCAUGUUACAGCUCUGUCAAUUCGGCAGGUUAUUUAUGGGCUACUCCUAAAUCCCUCAGAGAGUUCAGUCCACACCUCUGCAAGGAAACAUUCCACCUCAUCUGCUUUCACCAUCUCUGAAUUUGACAGAUUCCAAAAAGCACUCAGGAAAUUAUUUGUUCAAGCAUCUACACUGCCAAGUAAAUUUUGUGGUGAUCAAUAUUCUCUGACAACGUUAAAUGAGGUUCCCUUAGCUGACCGUCUGCUUCUUUUGUUAGAGGUCUUGGGAGUGACGGACAGUGUCCUUGCAGGAGUUCCUGCUCUGCUGCAGCUCCCCGUGGCAGUGACCUGUUUCUGGAUACAGUAUUCAGAACCCAAAGUGAAGUCACAGCACAUGAAAGCUUUAUUACUUGGAAUAGUAUUUGGUGAAUUACACAAAAUACUAGAGAACCCAGAGCCUGGAGCUCAUCAUGCAGAAGUCGACAGAAUAGUGUACGACCAGUUUCUGAAAUGGAAGGAUGAGAAAUCACAGAGGAAAGCGCUAGAAUUGGACACCGCACACAUCUUCUGCCAGUGGCAGUGCUGCCUCCAAAUGGGGUUGUAUCUCAACCAGCUGCUGUCUGCUCCUCUCCCUGAGCCAGAUCUUACACAGCUUUACAAUGGAACCCUUGUGCAUAGACUCUACCAUGAACUUAAGUCAGCAUCCACACCAGAGAAUCUCCUCAGUGCAUCUCCAAAGAUGAACCAGCUUUAUUGUGACAUGGUACAUGUAGUGAGAAGCGUCAUACCUACAGAGUUCUUCAAGAAAAAAAAGUCCAAGUCUCUUAAGAAAAAGAAUAAACAAGCUGUGAAGCAACCGCUGGAUAAGAAAGAAGCUCCUAUGAUUCAAGUUCUGCCUUCAUGCAGUAUUAACAACAGAUUUGAAACAUUCAUGGUGGAAGACUAGAGGAAGUUUACAAGUCAACAGUCUUUGAAAUUACCAAAGUUCAUUUUCAGUCAGUGAAAGAGGAGGACUUGUCAAAAGCCCUUUAUCUUCUUGUGUUGCUUCCUCCUACAUGAACAGCAGUUUCUAGUUUUGCAAACAAAGAAUGCAAUGUGCAUCAUACAUCAAGAAAAGACGAUAAAGAUGAAGAACUGACAUGUUUUUGGAUCUUCUCUCUGCUUCUUUCAACCUUCUUUAUGGUCUCUGCUACAAUGCAAACUGAGGAGGUGAGGCCCAGAAGAAACAGCAAAUCUAAAAAGAUGAGCAAUAUGAUAAACUUUUUAAUUGGCUAGGGACACGGAUUCAGCUGUUUAAAUCAAACAACAAAUCAGAUGCAUAGCUCCAAGGGGACGGGGAGUGCGCAACGCACUGGGGGCGCGUCCCUGUGGGGGUGUGACGAGGGCAUUCCAGGGGCGUGGUGGGGGUUGGACGGGGGUGUUCCAGGGUGGGACAGGGGCACAGGACGCACCAGUGCAUUGGGUGCUUUUCCCCCUUGCUAUGCCUCUGCAACAAAUCAACUAUCUGAAAAAUAGAGCAACCAGGAAAAGGGACUCAAAAGAUAUGGAGGGGUGGGGUGAGGUUUUGUGAAAUAUUUGUGAAAUAUUUGUAGAAGCUGUCUUUUCCAAGUGUCAAAUGUUCAAAAUUAAAUGGACAAUUUAAACUGGA